AUGAACAAUACAACAACCUCAAAAACUAAAAAAACAUUUGAAUAUAAAGAUAAUUCACUUUAUUUACCACCAAUUUAUGAUGUUCAAAAAGAUGUAGAAGGUUAUAUUACAUCAUUUAGUGUUGAGCAACAAACAGAAUACACAGAAUUUUUUAAUAAAUUUGGAUUUGUUGUAAUUAGAGAUGUUUUAAGUAAAUCAGAAUGUCAAAAAACUAUAGAUGAUAUUUGGAAUUAUAUUGAAUCAUUUAAAUGGGCAUCAUAUCAUGAUUCAAUGAAAUCAGAAGAGAAAACAAUAAAGAGAAAUGAUCCAAAAACUUGGGAAGGUGUAUGGCCAAAUUUAUCACAAGAGGGAAUAGUUGGAUAUCCACCAGUUUUCUCUGAAACUACAAUUGCCAAUAGAUCCAAUCCAAAGAUUUAUUCAAUUUAUUCAACAUUAUUAAAUCGUAAAGAUUUAUAUAUAAAUCAUGAUAGAUUUGGUUUCUUUAGACCAACUAAAGAUUGUAAAUUACCAUUUCCAAAUAUUACACCUGAUCAUCAGUUUAAUAAUGGUAUUGAAGAAUCAACAUCAACAACCACAGAUAUAAAUACAAAUAAUACAACAACAACAACAACAACAACAACAACAACAACAACAGUAACAUCAACAGAAAAAACAAAAACAGCAAUAGUUGAAUCAAAUUUUAAUAAAUGGAAAACAGUUGAAAAUUUACAUUUAGAUUUAAAUCCAUUCACAUUUAUAGAGGAUGAAGAAGAUAAUAAUAGAAAAAAAGUAUUUUCAACAUUAACCUAUAAGAAUGGCGAAGAUUUCUUUAUUGAAAAUAAUCAACCUGAAUUCAUUGAUUUAAAUGUAACAAACAUUCAAGCAUUAAUUAAUUUAUGUGAUAAUAAAAAAGAAGAUGGUGGAUUCAUUGUGGUACCAGGUUUCCAUUCACACAUUAAAGAAUGGACAUUAAAUAAUGCACAAAUUAAAGAACAAUAUGGUUAUCAUAGUAAUUUCGUUUGUAUUGAACCUGGUAAUCCACUAUAUGGUAGAGCUAUUAGAGUCACUGCUAGACAUGGUUCUUUGAUUCUCUUUAAUCAAAAACUUUUACAUGGUUCAUCACCAAAUAAUAAUCAUCGUCCAAGAAUGGCAAUGUUUUUAAAAAUGUUUGGUUCAGAUCAAAUUCCAAAAGAAACAUUAGUAAGAAGACAAGAAUCAAUUAAAAAAUCUAUUGAAAAGAAUAAAAUUAAUAUUGAUCAUCUAAAUGAAUUACAAAGAAAAACUUUAGGUUUAGAGUUAUGGUAA